AUGAGGUUCAGAAGCUCUUCUCAUGCUUCAAAGCAUGUUGAUAGAGAAUUAAAGGACUUGGUUAAUUCAUCUGACAAUGCUAACAAAUGCGGUGAGUGCGGUAACUUCUACCCAACGUGGUGUUCAAUCAAUUUGGGGGUUUUCCUUUGUGGUAGAUGUGCCUCCGUUCACAGAAAGGUGUUGGGUGGCAGGGACGACGACGCCUUUUCCAACGUCAAAUCGUUAUCCAUGGACAAAUGGACGAGGGAAGACGUCGAUGAGUUGGUGAGCCUUGGAGGUAACAAGGGUAAUACGCGAUUUUGGAACCCUAAAAACGUUCCCUUCCCCUUUGACGGUGAUGAUGACAAAUCUGUCGUGGAGCAUUAUAUUAGAGACAAGUAUAUUUUGGGUAAGUUCAGGUAUGAUGAGAUCAAACCCGAGGACUUUGGUUCGAAAAUGGAUGAUUAUAGUAGGGAAUCGGAUAGGUUCGAUGAAAGAAGUAGGAGCAGGAGCAGGAGCAGAUCUCAUUCGUUCUACAAGGGAGGCUACAAUGGGUCUGAUAAUGGCGGUUCAAGAGACUCUUUUCAAAGCGGCGGAAGCAGAUAUUCCAGACAACUGGCGGAACUCAGAGAUAUGGGGUUCAGCGACAAAAAUAAAAACCUAGAGGCUUUAUCGUCUGCCCACGGCAAUAUCAAUAGAGCCAUUGACUAUUUGGGAAGAGGUUCGAUUUCGAGAAGCAGCACACCCGCUUCAGCACCAGUAUCAACCCCACCCCUACCCAGAAGACGCGCAACAACCAGUGGCCCACAGCCAGCUAUUUUCGAUGGCACGAACGCAAUCACGCCAGACUUCACUUCAAGCUCUGCGUCAUUUGCACAAACGAAGCCAGCCGUUUUUGAUGGCACUCUCCAACAAUACUUCGACCCUGCUACAGGCAUGAUAUACGUAGAUCAGCAGCAAUAUGCCAUGGCUAUGCAGCAACAGCAGCAGCAGCAGCAGCAGCUAGCACUCGCACAGGCCCAAGCACAGGCACAGGCACAAGCACAGGCACAAGCACAAGCACAGGCACAAGCACAAGCACAAGCACAAGCACAAGCACAAGCACAAGCACAGGCACAAGCACAAGCACAAGCACAAGCACAAGCACAAGCACAAGCACAAGCACAGCAGAUCCAGAUGCAGCAAAUCCAGAUGCAGCAGCAGCAGCAACCACAGCUAACGUAUCAGCAGAUUCAACAGAUGCAACAACAGGGCCAGCAGCCACAAGGCUACUUCUACAUGCAAUAA